AUGGCGGGGAGGAAGGGAGGAACCAGGGGAGGAACACAGUACCUCGACACGGGAAGGGGCUGGGGUCGGGGGGAGGAGGGCGAGGGAGCGCGCGCAGCAGACGGAGCUGAGGAGAUUCUCGUCGACGCGGGAGAGGUUCAUGCCGCCGCCCUGGAUCAGGAGCAGGGCAGGAAGACGAGCGGCGAGGCCCCCGACUCGAAGAGCUCGCCGUCGCCGUAG